GCUGUGGUGUCCACAGCCUCUCGGCCGCCAUGGUGGAUGGAGGAGUAAUAAGUUGUACAGGAUCAGCCGGGAUCAGGGCAGCAAUCUAUCCAUCAAACGCCGCGACUGGCAAGCGAACGGGUGUCCAUCGCAGCUUUGCCAGGUUCAGCAAAGUGGUGGCUUGAGGCGCCGGCGCCGGCAGAGAUAGACAGGCAAUCACUCCGAUCUCGACUCCAUCCGCGAAGCCUUUAGAGCCCUCGCUCGGCCCCUGACGGGCCACAUGCCCACACCCUUUGACGGAGGAGGCUGACGCCAAUGUCGGGCCCAUCCCACGGCGCACCAGCCAGAUUUUUAUCUUUCCUUCUGCCAGUCUCAGCCAAUCCUUGACCCGGCUGCCCAUUUGAUUCCCCUCUUCUGGAGUUCUCAAUCCUGGCCUCUUGCCGUUGCAAGAUGCUGUCAUACCUCUGCACAAACCACUCCGCUGAGGGUCCCUUGAGGUCCAUUCCGACUCCCGAAGGACCCCCAGGGCUGAAAAGAAUUGAUUCCUGAUCACCGACCCUGCUGGUGUCCUCAGGCAACCUCUUAUACCCAUCGUUUCAGAUCUUCCGCUUCUUCCUCUCCCAUCUACGCGGCCUGCAUACCAAAUUGCGGCGAAUUUGGCCUCGGCCACCAGUUGUAACCCCCAGGCUAACCCGCACCGUCACAUGCCGCUCCACGAAGUCGACGAGAAACUGUCCUUUUACUGUACCUGCGUCAAGAGGGUCGUUCGCUAUCGAAAGUGGCGUUGAAGCAUUAGCCCGAGUGUGAAAUCAAUUCUACUAUUCGCACAAGCUCGGCCAUUGAAGUGCAGACUUGCGCGCUCCAGGCACCAUGGCUGCACACACCGACGCCGCAACUGUGCCUAUCAACAAUGAGCACCUCCACCGGCACAGUACCGGAGCGGUGGAAAUUCAAGAUGCAAACGGAAGACGAAGAACGGUUCAGUUGGAGGAACUGAGUGCUGCCGAUAGAGCUCUUGCCGAGCAAUUUGGCUACAAGCCCGUCUUUAAGCGUGAGUUUGGAUAUCUGUCGACCUUCUCCUUUGCCGUCAGUAUCUCCGGUCUCUUUGCGACCACUACGACCACUUUCAUCUACCCUCUCGAGGCGGGUGGUGCCGCCUCCGUGGUCUGGUGCUGGCUCAUUUCCGGAGCCGGCUGUAUGUGUAUUGCAUGCUCGGUCGCCGAACUUGUCUCUGCCUAUCCCACCUGUGGAGGGUUGUACUAUACUGUUUCCCGAUUGGCUCCCAAACCGUGGGUUCCGUCUAUCAGCUGGGUGACGGGCUGGAUCAACCUUCUGGGACAAGUCGCCGGCAUUGCAUCGUCCGAGUAUGGUUCGGCCCAGAUUCUGCUCGCCGCCGUGUCGAUCGGCCGAGAUUUCCAAUGGUUCCCAACCACCAACCAGACAGUCGGAGUCAUGGCGGCAUUGACCGUUCUGAACGGGUUUGUCAAUUCUCUCUCGACAUACUGGAUGGAGAAAAUGACCAAGACCUAUGUCAUUUUCCAUUUUGCCGUGCUACUGUCUUGUGCUAUUGCUCUGCUGGCUAAGACGGACAACAAACAUGACGCAACUUACGUCUUCACUCAUGUCGAGGCCAAUGCAGGUUGGAGUCCGGUUGGGUGGUCUUUUCUGUUUGGCUUUUUGUCCGUUUCCUGGACCAUGACCGACUACGAUGCCACAGCACACAUCACGGAAGAAAUCAACGAGCCGGAAAUCAAAGCACCGUGGGCUAUUUCGAUGGCCAUGCUUUUCACCUACGUGUUGGGAUGGCUGUUCAACAUCGUCCUCUGCUUCUGCAUGGGUGACCCCCUCGAGAUCCUCGAUUCUCCCAUCUAUCAACCAGUGGCCCAGAUCUUCUACAACUCGCUCGGCAAGGGAGGCGGCAUAUUCUUCACCGUUGCAGCCUUUAUCAUCUUGCAGUUCGUCUGCUUCACGGCCACACAAGCAUUGGCACGAACCGUGUUCGCCUUCUCUCGCGAUCGUCUGGUUCCGUUUUCGCAUGUUUGGACCAAGAUCAAUCGGUUUACCGGCACACCACUGUAUGCUGUAUGGUUCAGCGUGUUCUGGUGUAUCGCCAUCAACCUGAUUGCUCUCGGUUCUUACAUUGCCAUUGCCGGUGUGUUCAAUGUCUGCGCCAUCGCUCUCGACUGGUCCUACAUCAUCCCUAUUGUCUGCAAGAUGGCUUUUGGCAAAUUUACGCCAGGCCCCUGGCAUAUGGGCAAAUUUUCGAUUUUUGUCAAUGCCUGGGCCUGUAUCUGGACCACCUUUGUCACCAUCAUCUUCGUCAUGCCGACCAUCAGACCCGUGACUGCAGACAACAUGAACUACGCCAUUGUGUUUUUGGUCUUCAUUCUGUUUUGCGCCUUGGUCUACUGGUGGAUUCGUGGCAAGAAAUUCUACACGGGUCCCGUCAUCGAAGCUGAGGUUCAUGAGGAUGAAAUGGCCAGUUCAUCUUCGGCGUCUCAGGAGAAGAGAGACAACAAUGAGCUUCGUCAGAGAGGGGUGGAUGCCGCUUAGGCUCGGCUCAACUCAACUGAUGACCGAGAAAGGAUAGGGACUGUGGAGAGGGUUCUGUGAACAUGGAGGUGAGGACCCAUGUUGACGUCGCCGGAAGUUGUGGAGGAAGUUGUGGGAUGCAUUUCGUUGAGUUUGGGAGGAGGAUUUCUGACAGUUUAUCUUUGCGCAAUAUAUGUGACCGCUUUUUGCCCCAA